GCAGUGCCGCGCGGUGGCGGCAGUGGGGAGAGCAAUGGAGGCCACGGCCGACUGAGAGGCGGGUGCGCUGCUGGUGCUGCUGCCGCGGCGGCUGCUGAUGCGGAGGCUGCCGCGCGCAGUGCCAACGAGUCCGCCGCCCGCCCGGGACCGCCGGUCGCCGGCCAGCCGCUCUGCCAGCGGGAGCGCCAGGCGGGGACCUCAGCUUACAAGAGCAGUGAUUCCCAGGCUUUCUCAGCAAUGUACCCCAUUUCCUGACAUUUACGGCUGAAGGUGAAGUUUCCCUUUUGCAAGGAGAAAAUUUUGGUGGAGAAUUAUCCAACAAGAAAAGGACCUGUGGCUAUUAAGAUAGACAAGAAGAAGGGAGGCAAAUUCCAGCCUUUUAAAAAGUUGUUUGGCAAAAGGAAAAAGAAAGACCCUUCGCUGUUCCGGGCGCUGUCGUUGGGGAAGAAGAGUUACUCUCACCAGAGUGUCAGCAAUGGGACCUUCUCUUCGGAUGAGGAGACCCUGGAAGACAAUCUAAGGUCCUUCAACUAUUCUAUGGGAACCCGGGCAUUUUCCCAUGACAGUAUUUUUAUCCCUGAUGGGGGAGCAGAAAGUGAGCAGACAGUUCAAGCAAUGUCACAGGACAACAUCCUGGGCAAAGUCAAAACUCUUCAGCAACAGUUGGGCAAGAAUAUCAAGUUUGGGCAGUGGUCACCCAAUGCCAUUCCCAUGAAUAAGGCAAACAGUGGAGAGGCUAGCUUAGAAGAGGAUCUGUUCCUGACCAGUCCCAUGGAAAUUGUGACUCAGCAGGACAUCAUCCUCUCAGACGCAGAGAACAAGUCCAGUGAUACACCAAGUUCUCUAAGUCCUCUGAAUCUCCCUGGAGCUGGAAGUGAGAUGGAAGAGAAGGUUGCUCCCGUUAAACCGUCUCGGCCAAAAAGGCACUUCUCUUCUGCUGGCACCAUCGAAAGUGUCAACUUAGAUGCCAUCCCCCUGGCCAUCGCUCGCCUGGACAACAGUGCCGCCAAGCACAAGCUGGCUGUUAAGCCAAAAAAACAGAGGGUGUCAAAGAAGCACAGGCGCCUUGCCCAGGAUCCACAACAUGAGCAAGGCGGCCUUGAGAGUCGGCCCUCCCUGGACCAGAACGGACACCCAGGCGAGGACAAGCCAACGUGGCACGAAGAGGAACCCAAUCCGCUGGAUUCCGAGGAAGAGAGAAGACGCCAAGAAGACUACUGGCGAGAACUGGAGGCCAAGUGCAAGCGGCAAAAGGCGGAAGCAGCCGAGAAGAGACGCCUAGAGGAGCAGAGGCUGCAGGCGCUGGAGAGGAGGCUUUGGGAAGAGAACAGAAGGCAGGAGCUCUUGGAGGAGGAGGGCGAGGGGCAGGAGCCGCCUCUAGAGGCGGAAAGGGCGCCGCGGGAAGAGCAGCAGCGGAGCCUGGAAGCGCCAGGUUGGGAGGACGCGGAGCGGAGGGAGCGUGAGGAGCGCGAGCGCCUGGAGGCCGAGGAGGAGCGAAGGCGUCUGCAGGCCCAGGCCCAAGCGGAGGAGAGGCGGCGGCUGGAGGAGGACGCCAGGCUGGAGGAGCGGAGGCGGCAGGAGGAGGAGGAAGGAAGAUGCGCGGAGGAGCUCAAAAGGCAGGAGGAGGAGGAGGCUGAGGGAUGGGAAGAGCUGGAACAGCAGGAGGCGGAGGUGCAGGGGCCGCCCGAGGCGUUGGAGGAGACUGGGGAGGGCCGGCGGGGCGCGGAGGAGGAGGAUCUGGGGGAAGAGGAGGAGGAGGGCCAGGCGCACCUGGAGGACUGGAGUGGGCAGCUCAGUGAGCUUCUGAACGACUUUGAGGAGAGGCUCGAAGACCAGGAACGCCUGAAACCCGAAGGACAAAGAGAACACUCCGAGGAGCCAGGCAUUUGCGAGGAGCAGAACCCAGAGGCCGAGCGGCGAAGAGAGCAGCAGGGAAGGAGCGGGGAUUUCCAGGGGGCCGAUCGUCCUGGGCCCGAGGAAAAGAGAGAAGAAGGGGACACGGAGCCUCUCCUGAAACAAGAGGGGCCGGUGGAAGCCGCGCAGCCUCCGGUGGAGAGGAAAGAAGCCGCCGCCCUUGAACAAGGCCGCAAGGUGGAGGAGCUGCGGUGGCAGGAGGUGGACGAGAGACAGACCAUGCCCCGGCCCUACACGUUCCAGGUGUCCUCCGGAGGGAAGCAGAUUCUCUUUCCCAAAGUCAACCUGAGCCCCGUGACGCCCGCAAAGGACACGGGGCUCACCGCUGCUCCCCAGGAACCAAAGGCCCCCAAAGCCAGCCCAGUCCAGCACGCCCUACCGUCGUCCCUGAGCGUUCCCCACACCGCCAUUCUGGUCACGGGCGCGCAGCUCUGUGGCCCGGCAGUCAACCUGAGCCAGAUCAAGGACACCGCGUGCAAGUCCCUCCUGGGCUUGGAGGAGAAGAAGCACGCGGACGCCCCAGCUGGGGAGAACCCUCCCCGAGGCCCCGGCGACGCGCGGGCGGGCAGCGGGAAGGCUAAGCCCCCCCAGGAGUCUCCCAGCAGCGCAUCCGCACUCGCGGAAUGGGCUUCCAUUCGGUCCAGAAUCCUGAAGAACGCAGAGAGUGACCCGCGCAGCAGCGAGAGGGACCAGUUGAGGACCGGUGAUGAGUCCACUCCCAGGGGCCGGUGUGAUUCCCGCGGGAACCAACGGAAGACUCCGCCAGUCAAUGCAAAGUUCUCUAUUAUGCCUGCCUGGCAGAAAUUUUCUGAUGGUGGCACGGAGACCUCCAAACAGAACACGGAAGCUGAAAGCAUACGAAAAAGACCCAUGCUGGGACCCAGCGAAGAGACAGCCCCCCAGCCUCCUCCUGCUGGUGUUCGCGAGCUCGGGAAGGGUCCGGAGAAGUCGGAGAUGCACCGGGAGCCCGCAGACACCACCGAGGGAUGCAAAUUUGCCAAAGACCUCCCGUCUUUCCUUGUCCCAAGCCUUCCUUACCCUCCGCAGAAAGUGGUGGCCCACACAGAGUUCACGACCUCGUCGGACAGCGAGACUGCAAACGGGAUAGCAAAGCCAGACCCUGUGAUGCCAGGUGGAGAGGAAAAAACCUCACCGUUUGGAAUAAAAUUGAGAAGGACCAACUAUUCCUUGCGCUUCAACUGCGACCAACAGGCAGAACAGAAGAAGAAGAAGAGGCACAGCAGCACCGGAGACAGCGCGGAUGCAGGGCCGCCUGCAGCGGGGAGCGCUCGUGGAGAGAAAGAGAUGGAGGGUGUGGCCCUCAAGCAUGGUCCAUCCCUCCCCCAAGAGCGGAGGCAAGCCCCUUCCACCCGGAGGGACUCCGCUGAACCUUCCAGCAGCCGCUCUGUUCCUGUGGCCCACCCUGGGCCUCCACUGGCCAGCAGCCAGACCCCGGCUCUGGAGCACGACAAGGCAGCAAACAAAAUGCCACUGGCACAAAAGCCAGCACUGGCUCCCAAGCCCACCAGUCAGACCCCACCAGCAUCCCCACUUUCCAAACUGAGCAGGCCCUACUUGGUAGAGCUGCUGUCUCGCCGAGCGGGGAGGCCGGACCCAGAGCCAAGUGAGCCGUCCAAGGAGGACCAGGAGAGCAGUGACCGCCGGCCACCCUCGCCCCCAGGCCCCGAGGAAAGGAAGGGACAGAAGAGGGACGAGGAGGAAGAGGCGACAGAGAGGAAACCUGCUUCCCCACCUCUGCCUGCCACUCAGCAAGAGAAACCUUCUCAAACACCCGAGGCCGGGAGGAAAGAGAAGCCGAUGCUUCAGAGCAGACACUCCUUAGAUGGCUCCAAACUUACAGAGAAAGUGGAAACUGCUCAGCCGCUGUGGAUAACGUUAGCACUGCAAAAGCAAAAGGGGUUUCGGGAGCAGCAGGCGACGCGGGAGGAGAGAAAGCAAGCCAGAGAGGCCAAACAGGCAGAAAAGCUCUCCAAAGAAAAUGUCAGUGUCAGCGUGCAGCCUGGAAGCAGCAGUGUCAGCAGAGCAGGUUCCCUGCACAAGUCCACUGCUCUGCCAGAAGAGAAGAGGCCCGAGACUGCAGUGUCCAGGCUUGAGCGCAGAGAACAGCUGAAAAAGGCCAACACUCUUCCUACGUCUGUGACAGUGGAGAUCUCCGACUCGGCUCCCCCAGCACCGCUGGUAAAAGAAGUCACCAAGAGGUUUUCCACCCCGGAUGCUGCCCCCGUGUCAACAGAACCAGCCUGGCUGGCUUUGGCCAAAAGAAAAGCAAAGGCUUGGAGCGACUGUCCACAGAUUAUUAAGUAAAGAGUGACUCUCACCCAUCCCUACUGCCAGUUAUUGGCUCCUCUCUUGCCCUUUUUAUUUAUUUAUUUUUUAUAUGGGGUAAAGAAAUCAAGCUAGGGAAAAGAAGCAUGUUUUAUAGGCUCCAAAAUAAUGUUUAGAAACUGAACUGGUGGUGUUCAUUGUAAAGAGUGGAUUUGCACAACCCUAGGUCCUGGUGCCUCGAGCUCCUCCUAGUUCUCAAGAGAAAAUUCCGUCCACAGGACCACAUGAAGCAAAAUCUCUAAGCUAAGAACUCGUGAGAGCCUGCCAUGCCCAUUUCAUGGCCUUGCACACACACCCACCCACACACCAUUCAGAACAUGUACUUUUGCCAACCUUUUGUAAUGGUUUUUUGAUUCUAUGCACUAAUUUUCUUUGUCCAAAACAUUUGCUCUACCAUAUGUCUGGGAAUGUUUAUCCUUUCUACAGUAAUGGUGAAAGGAUCAUAUCUAGCUAAAAGCAAGAACACCCAUUCUCCUGAAUGCAGUGAGUAAUUGGGAAUCACAAGGAACAUUCUGGCACCCAACUGUGCCCAUGUUAGUUUUCAUGAGUUUUCCCUACUCUGAAGCUGUAACCCAGAAGGCACAUCCAUUCACAUUUUUACCGCACUGUGGAUUCAUAGUGUGGGGCCCUGUUAUUCCAAUACCCUCCUUAAGGACAUGUGAAGCAUUUGGCCCAGUUGGCUCCCAGGGAACAUUUUAAUUUAAUGUAGUGAAGAAAGACAAUUCUAGAUCAGAGCUACAAGUUCACUUUCUGUCUCUGAGAAUCUCCGUCUAGGGCAGUAGUUCUUAUGAUGUGUAGGCCCUCCUAGGGCCUACUCAAUCAGAGCCUGUGGGGACUGGGCCAAGAAUAUGUAUUCUGGCAAAAACUCUUCGGGUCAGUUCUGAUAGAUCCCAAAGGUUAAGAACUGUGAGAAACACUGAUCCUAAUGCAAUCUAGUUUUUCAGACUUCGAAGGGGAGGCUCAUUCACUCAAAAAGCAACAGUGAGACAGGAAAAAUAAUAAAACAACCCCCCAAGCCAGCCAUUUAUUACAAGAAGCAACAGGUUAUUGACAUCACAUGUUUGAAAAUUCCCUUUGGUCUUUAGGGAAAAUAAACAGGAAGCCAAGAUUUGGAGCCUUUGUAAUAAGGACUUCCUGCAGAAAGUCUUUUCUUUACUAUAAUUAAUUCAUAUUUAGAGUCACAUGUCCAGUAGCAUUUCUAAUUUUGAGCAUUCACCUUGCUACCUUUAAAAAACAUCUGAGUUUUAAGUGGCCUUUUUAUCAUCAUACACAUGUGCAUACAAAGAAGGGACUUGGCAGUUUAAAAGCCACAUAUAUUCACUUUUAUUGCCCUAAAUUUACAUGAAACAUAGACAUACUAGCAAACUCACAUAUUGCUGGUGCUAACCUUAUAUUUCAUAGUGUUGGCAUAUUCCCCUUUUCUUAGAUUCUUACUCCAAAAUAUAGGUACACAUCCUUUGCUCUGUGCAGAGGGAAUUACAUCCUUUUUCCUCUCCUACAAAAACAUGCUUUAUUAAGUAUCCAUCAUUACUUUCCUUUAUGCUCGCUCAGUAUGCAAUGUGCUGUUAUUCUACCAUGUACCUUAAAUAAAGGAUGAUGGCAAAGU